AUGGCCUCUGGCGCGCUCGCCUUGCUGCUGCUGCUGCUGCCCGCUAGCCCACUCUCCGGCCUGCCGCCUCGAGCCGCGGCCUGCCCCGCCGCCUGCCGCUGCUACAGCGCGACUGUGGAGUGCGGCGCCCUGCGGCUGCAUGCCGUCCCGCCCGGAAUCCCGCCUGGCACACAGACGCUGUUCCUGCAGGACAACAGCAUCGUGAGCCUGGAGCCAGGCGCCCUAGCGCCGCUCUCUGCCCUGCGCCGCCUCUACCUACACAACAACAGCCUGCGCGCCCUGGAGCCGGGAGCCUUCCGCGCGCAGCAGCGACUACUCGAGCUGGCGCUCACUGGCAACCGGCUGCGCGGGUUACGCGGCAGCGCUUUCUCAGGCCUGGCCCAGCUGCGCGUGUUGUACCUGGCAGGCAACCAGCUGGCCCGACUGCUGGACUUCACCUUCCUACAUAUGCCGCGCCUGCAAGAGUUACACCUGCAAGAAAACAGUAUUGAGCUGCUGGAGGAUGAGGCCUUGGCUGGGCUGUCCUCGCUGGCCUUGCUAGAUCUCAGCAGAAACCAGCUGGGGACCAUCAGCCAAGCGACUCUGCAACCCCUGGCCAGCCUGCAGGUGCUGCGACUCACAGACAACCCGUGGCGCUGUGAUUGCGCCCUGCACUGGCUGGGCGUCUGGAUCAAGGAGGGGGGUCAGCGGCUGCUCAGCUCCAGGGAGAAGAAGAUUGUGUGUGCAGAGCCCCCGCGCCUAGCCCUCCAGAGCCUCCGGGACGUUUCGGGCAGCAGCCUCAUCUGCAUCCCGCCCUCCGUGCACGUGGAGCCGCUGGAGAUCACAGCCAAUCUGGGUGAGGACCUGAGGGUAGCCUGCCAGGCUUCCGGCUACCCACAACCCUUGAUCACUUGGAGAAAGGUCAGCCAGCCCCGUGAGGGACGGCAGGAGGCUCAGACCCACACGGACGGCGGGCGGCCGAGCCUGGGCGGCCACGGAGCCCCCGACACAGGCAGCGGCAUGCUCUUCCUCACGAACAUCACUUUGGCACACGCGGGCAAGUACGAGUGCGAGGCGUCCAACGCCGGCGGCGCCGCCCGCGUGCCCUUCCAGCUCCUGGUCAACCUGUCCCAGCAGCAGCGCCUGCCGCCGCCCCUUCCACCCCCCGCCGCUGGCCCGGUCAGCCACGAGCCCCUGUACGAGGCGGGCAGCAUGGCUUUCCGCGCCCUGGGCCUGGCCACGCAGACGGCCAUCGCGGCGGGCAUCGCGCUGCUGGCGCUCACGGCGCUGCUGCUGGCGGCCAUGAUCUGCCGCAAACGGCGCAAGCGGAAAAAGGCGGCGGGGCCGCCGGGGGAGGGCGUGCUCUUCGUCAACGACUACUCGGACGGGCCCUGCACCUUCGCCCAGCUCGAGGAGCUCCGCGACGAGCGGGGCCACGAGAUGUUCGUCAUCGACCGCUCCAAGCCCCUGUUCCCCGAGGCCCCGGCGUCCGAGGCGCUCCCGGACCGCGCCCCCGCGGAGGGCGCCGCGCCUGCGCAGCCCCAGGGCCUCUUGUUUCCGCCGCCGGUCGCCUACGAGAUUCACUGCUGA